UUUACCCGUCUUAGUUUGAGUCACAAAUCCCCAACCAGUCUACAUGCUCGAUCAAGCACACAUCCAGCACAUCCAUGCUAGAUCGGAUGUCCAUAUAUUAGACAAAACCAAAAAUUUCAUGUUGCUCGUUCUGAAAAGAGAGCACUAAAGGGGCUUUAACACACGUUUCUGGUACCGUCACAUUUGGACUCAGGUAGCAAUGGGGUAUGCGACCAAGGCCUGUUGGACCUGUAAAGGGCGGAAACAAGGCUGUGAUAGGAACCAUCCGUCAUGUAACAAUUGCCGUCGUGCUGGGCGAACAUGCCAGGGUUAUGGGUGCAGGUUGAAAUGGAAUGCGCCACAUCUGUCUUUAAUAGGACGCUCGCCACAGGCCACUCACUACCAUUUCUUGCAUACAUCUGCCGCCGAACUUGCUGCUUUCUAUAAUUUACCCGCAACACUACCGUCGCCGCAAUUGCAGAUUCGCCGAUUGGGGCUCUCGGCGGAGGAGUCUGAUCUGCUUUUUCUGUCACACUACGAGGCCGUGCUUUCGCGGAUGAUCACUACCUUGGAUAAUGAAACAAAUGGCUUUCGCCAUGUACUUCUUCCAAUGAUCUUAAGUUACCCUGUCCGGAUCCCAGCCAAGGCCCUUUGGCACGGUAUCCUGGCUCUUUCAGCAUUUUAUCUGGGGCACUCAAAGCAAGCGCUGGCGCACAAAACCGCGGCAAUCGGUCUUCUCUCUCGAUCAUUCGAAGUUUCGGACUCACCUAGUCGCUUGAUUCAGAUCGCUGCGUGUAUGAUGUUAUGCGUAUAUGAAGUGUUUGACUCCUCUGAUGGGAACUGGCAGUUACACCUAGCUGGUGCGAAGUCUAUAGCUGGGGAAUUGUCGAUAUGUCGCGUCAGUUCUGCAGAGUCCAAAAUAGUUUCAUUCCUCAUGACCUGGAUAUAUUACCAUGAGGUUCUUGCUGCCUUCAGCAAUCCGACAUUGCAAUGUGAUCUCCCCAAAAGUGGAAGCUCUAUUCUGAGUCCACGGGUAUAUCACAGAGACCGCACUUCAGCUGCUCUCUCGAACUAGCUGAUAUAAUCUCCACAAUCAAUCAUUAUACUUACCUCCGGUCAACAAAUACCAGCUUCGACCACAAUAUGCUGCAGCCCCUCUUCCACCAAUUACA